UAUAAAUCCAUGUAUCUAACCAGCAAAUUACCAACCUCUCUUCUUUAUCACUUUUGAGAACGAAAUUACACCACAUUAAAGAUGAAACGCUCCUUUUCAAUCUUCAUCAAGCUUUUCGUAAUAUUGCAAUCUAUUUCAGUUCUUUGUGUUUCAGAGGAAUUUGAUUUUUUCUACUUUGUUGUACAGUGGCCAGGAUCAUAUUGUGAUACAAAGAAUCAUUGCUGCUAUCCAAAGAGUGGAAAGCCUGCAGCUGAUUUUGGUAUUCAUGGACUCUGGCCUAAUUACAAGGACGGUUCAUAUCCAUCAAACUGCGAUCCUGAUGCCCUUUUCGAUGAGUCUCAGCUUACAGAUCUGAUGAGCAAAAUGCAAAAGAGUUGGCCAACGCUAUCGUGUCCAAGCAACGAUGGGUUGAAGUUCUGGUCACACGAAUGGGUGAAACAUGGGACAUGCGCGGAGUCUGAACUCGACCAACGUGAAUACUUCGAAGCUGCUCUCAAAUUGAAAGACAAAGUUAACCUCCUUCAAAUUCUCAAGGAUGCAGGAAUCAAGCCAGACGAUAGAUUUUACGACUUAGACAAGAUUAAAGAUGCCAUAGAGGAGGCUACUGGGUUUACUCCAGGCAUAGAUUGCAAUGUUGAUUCCUCACAUAACAGCCAGCUUUACCAAAUUUAUCAAUGCGUGGACACUUCGGGUUCUGACUUUAUCCAAUGUCCAAGGCUGCCAAGGAGCAGAUGCCCUUCAAGGGUUCAGUUCCCGAAGUUUUAGAAAUUGUCUACAUCGAUCCAUAACCCAUUUUU